AUGUCAUCAGAAUUGACACUUGAACAAAGUACAAAAUCUUUUGAUGGUUAUCAAUAUGUUUAUAGUCAUGAUAGUUAUACGGUUGAUUGUAAUAUGAAAUUUGGUAUUUAUGUUCCAUCUAUAGCUGAUAAAGAAUGUGUACCAUUAUUAAUAUUUCUUUCUGGUUUAACUUGUACGGAACAAAAUUUUAUAACGAAAUCAGGUGUACAACGUUUAGCAUCGAAAUAUGGUUUUAUUGUUGCUAAUCCAGAUACAAGUCCUCGUAAUUGCAAUAUUGAAGGUGAGAAUGAUCAAUGGAAUUUUGGUGAAGGUGCAGGUUAUUAUAUUGAUGCGACAGAAGGGAAAUGGUCAGAAAAUUAUCAAAUGUUUUCUUAUAUAAAUGAUGAAUUUUAUGAAUUAAUUCUAAGCAAUUUUAAUGUUGAUAUUGAUCGUAUUGGAAUCUUAGGACAUAGUAUGGGUGGUCAUGGUGCUUUAAUUAGCUUUUUUAAACGUCCUAGUCAAUAUAAAUCCGUUUCAGCUUUAGCACCAAUUUGUAAUGUAACAAAAUGUGAAUGGACUAGAAAUGCAUUUAUGAAAUUUCUUGGACAAGAUGAAAAUCUUUGGAAAGAAUAUGAUGCUUGUGAACUUGUAAAUUCAUAUUCUGGUCCUAUUCCAUAUGCACCUAUUUUAAUUGAUCAAGGUUCAGACGAUAAAUAUAAAGAAGAUUAUUUAUUUCCAAAUGUAUUUCUCGAUGCUUGUACAAAAGCUUCAUUUCCAAUACAUCUACGUGAACAAAUUGGUUAUGAUCACAGUUAUUAUUUUAUUAUGACAUUUUUAGAAGAUCAUUUUAAAUAUCAUAAAAAUGAAUUUGAACAUUCAGAUUAA